AUGGGCAAUACACAGUCAAACCAACGGAACUACGAGAGAUUGCGUGAGGUGAUGCCCUCUGUGGACGGAGGUUCCUUUUUCGACAAGUCCAAUAAACCUUUCCUUUCGGACAAAGACCGCGAUCAAUUCAUCUACGCAACGAUCACCGUCCUCACCCAAAACGGCAGACUCCUCAACCUCGAACAACACGACUUCCGCCUCCUCUACUCCCGCCGCGAGAACGAUCGUCUUGUUGCUCGUAUCGUCGCAGAGCGAGAAGGCAUCAUCAAAGCCCAGAUCGAGCCGCACGAGGACGGCAAAGACCAGGCUGAAGCCUUCAAAGCUUUGCGGAGGCACGUUGAACUGGCGCUGGACAAGUAUUUGAAGGACGUUCCCGGAGCGUCGAAUUUGCCGGCGACUGGAUCACAGACUGCGAUUGCUGGGCCGAGUGCGAGGUCACCAACGAGUCGACCGGCGAGGCCACCGUUUUCUGCUGAAGUACAGGAACCAGAUGGACUUGUUCAUAUCAUCACCAACAAUGGCAAGGAAAACUUGGACGACCACAGCUUCAAGGUCAUGUACACUCUCCGAGAAGGCAGUGGCACGCGACUUGUCGCUCGGGUGGUCGCUCUCAAGAACGGGAUCGCUGCUGCAAUGGUUGAGCCUUCAGGCGACGGGGCGAACAACAAGGAGGCGUUCCAGGUGUUGAAGAAGGAGGUCAGCGUCCGGUUUGAUCAGAGGUUGCGCAAUAUGCCGACGACGGACAAGGCCAAAGAUGCUUCUGUUGCUUCGGCCGCGGGCAGUGCUCCAGAUGCUCCACCGGCGUAUAGCGACCCCAAGGAUGAUGGUGUGGUGGAUAUGACACCCAACAAGUAG